CGCGGACGGACCCUGCAGGCCGCUUGCCCGGCGCCGGCCCUUCGCUGCGCACUACUUUUAUCCACGGAAUAAGAGAAAAUGUUAGGCUCCUGUCUGCUUUUUAACAGGAGGCACUUGACCUGUGUGUUUGCAUGUUGCCAGCCUUUUCUUAGACGUGACUGUUUCAGCCUCCGGACUCAUUUCUGUGCUCUCAGAUGGAUAUCAGCUUACAGAAAAGUUGCCCCUGUCUUCACCAGAGCAUCAGCCUUUGGAGAAAAGGUAGCCAUCAUUGACCAAAGAGGAGAACACACCUACAGAGAUUUGUACGCUCGAAGUCUUUGCCUCUCCCAGAAAAUCUGCAAGGCCCUUGGAAACUCAGAGGGUGACCUGAAGGGCGAACGGAUCUCCUUCUUAUGCCCCAACGAUGCUUCCUAUGUCGUGGCCCAGUGGGCUACCUGGAUGAGUGGAGGCAUUGCUGUGCCUCUGUGCAGGAAGCACCCUGUGUCAGAACUGGAGUACUUCAUCCGGGACUCUCAGAGUGGCCUUCUGCUCGCUGAGGAGGAGUUGGAGGAGAGAAUGGCCCCUGCAGCCCAGAAACUGGGAGUGCCUCUACUCUCACUUCCCCGCUCCGGGAAGGGGGAAGGGAGAACGGAGGGAUCUGCUGGAGAUGCCGGUUGCCCCAUUUCGGAGUGGGAGGACAGAGGGGCCAUGAUCAUCUACACCAGUGGGACCACGGGAAGGCCCAAGGGGGUCCUAAGCAGCCACCAGAACGUCCAUGCUAUGAUCACCGGGCUGGUCGAGAAAUGGGCCUGGACAAACGAUGAUGUCAUUCUCCACGUCCUGCCCUUGCAUCAUGUCCAUGGGGUGGUCAACAAACUGCUGUGCCCCCUCUGGGUGGGGGCCACCUGCAUCAUGCUGCCCGAGUUCAGUGCAGAAAGGGUCUGGGAAGCCCUGCUCAGUCUCCAGCCCCCCCGGGUCAACGUCUUCAUGGCAGUGCCAACCAUUUACAGCAAACUGAUCGCCUACUACGUGGAGCAUUUCUCUCAGCCACGGGUCCAGGACUUCAUCCAUGCCGUGUGCCAGGAUCAUAUCCGGUUGAUGGUCUCGGGCUCCUCGGCCCUCCCAGUGCCAAUCCUAGAAAAAUGGAAGAGCCUCACGGGGCACGUCCUCCUGGAGAGAUACGGGAUGACGGAGAUUGGGAUGGCCCUUUCCAACCCACUGCACGGUCCUCGUGUUCCAGGAUCGGUCGGGACUCCGCUGCCCGGAGUUAAGGUGCGCGUGGCCACUGGAAGCUGGACCAAGGAUGAUUCUGCGUUCUGCAUCCACGCUGAAGGGGACGAGAUGGGCACAACGGUAAUUCA